AUGGACCAGAACGAGCGUCAGUGGGUCAGAGGUGUUUAUGGACCAGAACGAGCGUCAGUGGGUCAGAGGUGUCUAUGGACCAGAACGAGCGUCAGUGGGUCAGAGGUGUCUAUGGACCAGAACGAGCGUCAGUGGGUCAGAGGUGUUUAUGGACCAGAACAAGCGUCAGUGGGUCAGAGGUGUUUAUGGACCAGAACGAGCGUCAGUGGGUCAGAGGUGUUUAUGGACCAGAACAAGUGUCAGUGGGUCAGAGGUGUUUAUGGACCAGAACAAGCGUCAGUGGGUCAGAGGUGUUUAUGGACCAGAACGAGCGUCAGUGGGUCAGAGGUGUUUAUGGACCAGAACGAGCGUCAGUGGGUCAGAGGUGUCUAUGGACCAGAACGAGGGUUUGGUGAUUCCUCAUAA